AUGGACUUCAUCACUGGACUACCUGCUUCCAGGGGGAACACGACCAUCUUAAAUAUUGUAGACCGGUUUUCCAAAAUGGCACACUUCAUUGCACUACCUGGACUACCUACAUCCCUGGACACAGCACGUCUGCUGGUUAGACACGGUUUCUGCUUCAUGGUAUACCUCACAACAUCGUGUCGGACAGAGGGCCCCAGUUCACCUCCAGAGUAUGGAAGGCUUUCUGCAGGAUACUUGGAGCUUCGGUCAGGCUCUCUUCCGGUCAUCAUCCCCAGACCAACAGCCAGACAGAGCGGGCCAACCAGGACCUGGAGGCAGCCCUAUGUUGCGUCUGUCACCGCCACCCAUCCUCCUGGGCCCCCCACCUCCCCUGGGUGGAGUACGCACACAACACACUCGUCAGCUCAGCCACAGCAGGCGGACGUUGCUGUGCCAUCUGUGCAAGUGCAUCUACGCCGAGCCAGGAGGAUAUGGAGAGAGACACUCGCCGCUCUUAACCGCACAGCAGCACGGAAUCGACGGCUGGCUGACCGUCACAGAGUCUCAGCGUCUGCUUACAAGGUUGGCGACAAGGUUUGGUUGUCGUCCAAGGACUUACUGUUAGCGGGGACUAAUAGGAAGUUGGCACCCAGAUUUGUGGGUCUGUACACCGUGGACUCCAUCAUCAGCUCCUCCUCCGUGAGACUCAAACUGCCAUCCACUCUCAAAGUACAUCCAGUGUUUCACGUUUCUUGUCUCAAGCCUGUAUCAGCCAGUCACCUGUUCCCGCCGGUCGAGGCUCCGCCCCGCCGCGCUUGAUUGAUGUCCACCCAGCAUGCACGGUGAAGGCCAUCUGGGACUCCCGAAGGAGGGGCAGGGGGUUCCAGUAUCUUGUCAACUGGGAAGGUUAUGGUCCUGAGGAGCGUUCCUGGAUCUCCCGCUCCCUUAUCUUGGAUCCGUCCCUCAUUAGCGACUUCCACCGUCUCCAUCCUGACAAGCCAGGUAAGCCGCCAGGCGGCGCCUUAUAAGGGGGGGCUUACUGUCAUGUUCUGCUCUGCUGCCCUCUGCCGUUCAUGUGUUGCAGCACAUCCCUGAAACCUGACCUGGACUUCAUUGAACACACCUGUGGCUCAUUACUGCUGGCUUUCUUAAGCAGUUGCCUGACAUUUUACCAGUGCCAGAUUGUACUCCCUGAUGACCUGCUUCUUUGGCUCCCUGCUCCUUACCCUGCUCUCUGGCCUUCUCUUUACCUGCCUCGUAUUUCUGUUCCUGUAAGGUUUGCCUUCAGUGUUUUUUUUGUUAUCUCCUAGUAUUUUUCAUAACAGCCUUUUGCUGUUAGUGUUUUUUGUUGUUGAUUCCAUUGUUGGAUUUUCCUUAGUUGUACUUUGUAUGUUUAUGGACUCUUUUAGUAUAUUAAAUUUUCCUUUUUUGUAC